GUAAAUCAGCCGGUUAGUAUAGUAUCUAGAGUAAUAGAACUAUUCAGGAGGGUUCCUAAAAUUUUGAGCUAGAUAUCAGGCGAGGAUUCUUGCUGGCAGGAUGGGAAUGCAUCGAGUUCUAACAAAACAAUGAAGGCCACAAAGUGAAAGUCCAUGUAAAUCACCACAAAUCAAUCAUAUAUGCAGCAAUCAGAUAAUUUUGUAGGCCUUAGUAACAAGAUAGAGAGACCAACUGUUGGAGAAGCUGUACUUUGAAUGCGAUUGCUUACUCUCUCCUCUUAGUAAUGGUCUAUAGGUUGAAAAGGAGGCACAAUCACUACCUCUGGAAGUCAGUUCACACCACCUUCUGCCAUAGUCCAACUAAUGACACUUCUAGGCAUACAUUUCCUCUGUUUGAACAGCAUUAAUGGUAUUCACCAUCAGCGUAGCUAGCCGUGGAAGAAAUGGCAUUUUCACACUCAAACGUCAAGAGUGUCCAUGUCGAACACAAAAAGUUUCCACAGAAAGAGAGACAGUUAAGUUCACUUGACCUGUUGACGCGCCAAUUUAUCCAAGAAAACCAAGUAAUAAUCCAUGUCCACAUGACAAGCAUGAUAUUUUCUUUUUCUGUUGAACGGGCUGAAAGCAUGCAUUUCCACGAUCAUCAAAGAGGACCAGGCACAAUUUUUUUAAACCAAAAAUCUCUGAACAGUUAACUACUCUACAAGCUAAUGUUUGUCAGCAGUAAAACGGGUUUGGUCGCACAUCAAUCGACGUAGAAGUUCUCUGUGCGGUUCCGUAUAGAAAUUAUGUAGCCAGACUUGGACAGAGUCAAGGUCUUCGCUGCAAGUGAAAAGCAAGUGUGUAUGCGUGUGAGGCUGCUGUAAAUGUGUUUUUAAACCCCUGGAAAACGAGCCAGAUGAGUACAACUCACACACCACCCAGCAAAAACCAAGCAUAAACGGCUGCCUCGUUUUGCUGUCCGCACUAGAGUCCGUUGCCAUUGCCUACGUCGUGAGAUCAUGGCGGAUUCCAUGCUGCCAUUGCCCCCGCUGCAUUGCCUGGCUCUCUCGUUUGCCCAGCUGCUGCUGCUGCUUCUCCUUACUUCCACGCAAGCCGAGGGCCAUGCCACACCAGCAGCACGGCACUACACUUCGCUGAGAUCCCAAGCGGGGGUGCUUCUCCACUGGAAAUCAUCAAUCGAAUAUUCCAAGCACAUGGGAACCUGGAGAGACGAUGGCAUGAACCCAUGCAACUGGACUGGCAUCACCUGCGGUGACACUCGGCUGCAUGGAGGAACCACGGUGAAGGUCAUCAGAGGAAUUUCCCUUGUUGGUGCCGGCAUUGCAGGGAAACUGGACACCCUGAGAUUCCAGUCGCUCCCUUACCUCAUCAAACUCGACCUCAGCGACAAUCAUCAUCUCUCUGGUGCCAUCCCACCUGGCAUCGGCUCUCUUUCCAUGCUUUUCACCCUCAACUUCUCUGGUGAUCAGCUUAGUGGGCACAUACCUGCAACAAUCUGCAACCUUGGGAGGCUUGCACAUCUGGACCUCUCCAGCAACAAUCUGGCUGGCCAAAUCCCUCCUGCCUUCGGUAAUCUCUCAAGACUUGCUUUUCUCUAUCUACCUGGCAAUAGGCUCUCAGGUAGCGUCCCAUGGAACCUAGGACAGCUUCAGAACAUGAGAGAGAUGGAUUUGAGCUGGAAUAUCCUUUCUGGCCAAAUACCUUCCUCCUUUGCAAACCUGAGGAACCUCAACGCUCUUGGUCUUUCUGAUAAUCGUCUGUCAGGACCCAUACCUGAAGAGCUAGGACAAGUCCAAACCCUACAAGUGCUAUACUUGCAAAAAAACAGGCUGAACGGUGCAAUUCCGCCCUCCCUUGGAAACCUCACAAUGCUCACAUUCUUGUACCUAUAUCGGAACCAGCACACUGGUCAGAUCCCGGUAGAGCUAGGGACGCUCUCGAGCUUGAUUGAAUUUGAUUUGUCAGAGAACCAUUUGACCGGCACUGUUCCUUUUUGUGUUGCUGGAAAUCUUACUUCACUGGCCUAUUUUUCUCUUUGGGGUAACCACAUAACCAAAUCCAUCCCUCAUGAGUUUGGAAAUCUCGUGAAUCUGGAAAUCCUUGACCUCUCUGAAAAUUUCAUAGUUGGACCAGUGCCGUCAAGUAUUGGGAACAUGUCUUCACUUAGACAAAUAGUAAUACAUACCAAUAAUCUCUCAGGAGAAUUGCCGACUGAGCUUGGAAAUUUGGCAUACUUGGAAUCACUGUCAUCCCACGAAAACCAAUUGUCCGGCCCAAUCCCUCAAAGUUUUGGAAAAUUGGCGAGCAUGACAGAAAUGCGACUAUUCACCAAUCAGCUCUCUGGCCCUUUGCCUUUGACACUCUCCAACCUUACCAAUUUGGUCCUGGUUUUGCUGGCUGACAACCAGCUGACAGGACACUUGCCAGAUUUGUGCCAAAGUAAAAAGCUACAAGAUUUCCAAAUUUUUGAUAACAAUCUGGAUGGUCCUGUCCCAAAAGGUUUGAGGGAUUGCAGUUCACUAAUAUCCCUUGGAAUUGACAAAAAUCAGAUCGAGGGAGACAUAACUAAAUCAUUUGGGGUGUAUCCGCAUCUCAAUGACAUUAGUUUAUCUUCAAACAAAUUUGUAGGGCGGCUCUCGCCAAAAUGGGGCUUGUGUCAAAACUUGACAAGUAUUGAUUUUGGACACAACAUGAUAGAAGGCAGUAUACCAUCUGAUCUUGGGGAGCUAAAAAAUCUUGCAAUUCUCGAUAUGCGUUUCAAUAGGUUGACUAGUGAAAUACCACCGGAAAUUGGCAAGUUAAGCAGCCUCUAUUGGAUGGAUUUAGGAAGCAAUCGACUAUCUGGCCAGAUCCCUAAGCAAAUCGGCCAACUUAGUAAUCUUGAGAUUCUUGAUUUCUCAAGCAACCUGUUAAGUGGUAAAAUACCAGAAGAGAUCGGUAAUUGUUUGAAACUGCAGUCAUUACAUAUGAAUAACAACAGCCUUAGUGAAAGUCUUCCUGGUAGUUUGGGCCAUUUAGCUUCCCUUCAAAGCAUGCUUGAUCUUAGUAUGAAUAGUCUCAGUGGACCGAUACCAUCGGAACUCAGCAAACUUGAGAUGCUGAUGUUUGUGAACUUCUCACACAAUCAAUUCAGUGGUGGCAUCCCCAUCUCCAUCGCAAGCAUGCAAAGCAUAACAGUAUUUGAUGUAUCAUACAACUUCCUAGAAGGCUCUGUCCCAAAUGGUAUUCACAAUGCAUCAGCUGAAUGGUUUCUCCACAACAAAGGCCUCUGUGGAAACCUUGUUGGCCUGUCUCCUUGUGAUUUGCAACUUGCAGAUCAUAGGCGGAAACAUCAAAAGAUUAUACUACCAGUGGGUCUUCCUAUGCUUGUCGCUACUAUUUCAAUAGUAGCAGGUGUAGUUGCCCUUUUGAUCUGUCGCAAGAAAGCAUCUAAAAGUACUGAUGAUGUGAGCAAAGGGGGUGUUUUCUCUGUAUGGAGCUUUGAUGGCAGAAUGGCAUUUGAGGACAUUAUGAAUGCAACUGAAAAUUUUGAUGAGAAGCACUGCAUUGGAGAAGGAUCAUACGGUAGUGUUUAUAAGGCAGAACUUCAAGAUGAACAAGUGGUUGCUGUAAAGAAACUCCAUGCAGGCGAUGAGGAGGCACAUGAUGAAGAAAUAUUCCAGCAUGAGAUUGAAAUGUUAACAAAAGUUCGCCAACGCAGCAUCGUCAAGUUGUAUGGCUAUUGUUCUCAUCCACGGUACAGGUUCCUUGUAUGCCAAUUCAUAGAGAGAGGAAAUCUAGCUUCUAUCUUAAGCAAUGAAGAACUAGCAUCCCAGUUCCGCUGGGAAAGGAGGAUAGCUCUAAUAAGAGAUGUGGCUCAAGCCAUCACUUACCUCCAUCAUGAUGUUCACCCACCCAUAAUUCAUAGGGACAUCACAAGCAGAAACAUCUUAUUAGAUGUUGACUACAAAGCAUUUGUCUCGGAUUUUGGUAUUGCAAGAAUGUUAAAACCCGAUUCAUCGAAUUGGAGCGCACUAGCGGGGACCUAUGGCUACAUUGCACCUGAAUGUUCAUACACUUCUCUAGUCACGGAGAAAUGUGAUGUAUAUAGCUUUGGUAUUGUGGUGCUUGAGGUGUUGAUGGGCAAACACCCUGGAGAUUUGCAGGCUUUUCAUUCUUCACUCGAGGACCAGUUUCUACUGGAAGAAAUUUUGGACAAACGACUUCCACAACCCGAAGCUGGGGAGGAAGAAGUGAGACGGUGCAUCUCUGUGGCAUUUGAGUGCCUAACUCCUUCACCCAAAGAAAGGCCAACUAUGCUGAAAGUUUAUCGAGAUGUUUCCAUCUGAAGUUAUUACUAGUUAAAUGCUUGCAGAUGUAUCAUUUUAUUCUUGUUCGGUUCAGAACAAACGUGGAUUACUUUAGCUGUCCAAGCAUCUAUCACAAACCAAAUAAAUAGUGUUAUAUCUGUUGGGCAUCGUAAUAGAAUAUAUGGGUGAAUGGGUCACAAUAUUACACUGUAUAAUUGUUCUUCCGGUGAUCAUACAGAUUUAUGAUGAUAUUUUGUAAGGAGGCUUGAAGUGAUGAUAGUUAUCUCAUUUAUGUUCUCUCUGAA